AUGGUUCUUGUUGCGGCCGGCCAGCUCUGCUCCUCUUCAAGCCUCAAGGAAAACGGCCUGCGGGCAGCCGCCCUGAUCCGCAGGGCGGUGGCGCAGAAUGCCAAGAUCAUCUUCCUUCCAGAGGCAGCAGACUAUAUUGCCUCGAACGCCACCCACUCCAAGGCGCUUGCGCAGUCGUAUGAGACGUCGCCGUUCAUCGAGACGAUCCGAGCCACCUUGAAGGAACUGCACUGCGGCGGACAGUCGAUCCAGGUGGCCGUCGGCAUCCACGAGCCGGCGGCCAACGACCCGCUGCAACGCACCAAGAACACCCUCGUCUACCUCGACGCGGACGGCGAACUUCUGCACCGGUACCAGAAGCUGCACUUGUUUGAUGUCGACAUUCCGAACGGACCCAUCCUCAAGGAGUCCAACUCGGUCCAGCCAGGCUCCGAGGUGCUCCCUCCGUUCGACACCCCGGCAGGGAAGCUCGGCUUGGCCAUCUGCUACGACUUGCGCUUCCCGGAGCUGGCCCUCCGUCUCCGCACGCUCGGCGCAGAGAUCCUCACGUACCCGUCUGCCUGGACAAUGAAGACGGGUCCGCACUUCCAGGUCUUGGGCCGGUCCAUGGCCAUCCUCACCCAGUCCUACGUCGUCCUUCCUGCACAGAAGGGCGUCCAUGACGUCCUUGCCGACACCAAGGGCUCCGCCGCUGCUCCAGACACCCCGGCGAUAGGCUCCAAGAGGGAGAGCUACGGACACACCUGCAUCAUCGACCCGAACGGCACCAUCCUGGCCGAGUGCUCGGACGCCUCCGACGCCGACCAGCUCUGCGUCGCCGAUAUCGACCUCGAUGUCGUCGACAAGAUGAGAACAAACAUGCCUCUCUGGUCCCAGAGACGCGGCGAAGAAGUAUUUGGCUACUUCCCCUAG